UAUCGCCUUUUUGAAACCAUUGGGCUGGGCGGCUACAGCAAGGUCAAAGUGGCCAAAGCCAUCGAAACUGGCCAGAGGGUGGCUGUCAAAAUUAUUGACAAAGUAAAUGCCCCCAAGGGCUAUUUGCAAAAGUUUCUACCUCGUGAAAUCACGGCUCUGCGCCGAUUGUGUCAUCCUCGUAUAGCACAGCUGCAAGACUUGAUCGAGACGGAACAGCGGGUGUACCUCGUACUGACGUAUGCUGUUGGUGGAGACUUGCUUGAGUAUAUCAACACACGUGGGCCCAUGAACGAGGCCAAGGCUCGCCGCUUGUUCUUUCAGCUCCUGUCGGCAGUGCAUUAUUGCCACACGUUGCGCAUUGUUCAUCGGGAUCUCAAGUGUGAGAAUGUGUUGCUUGACGGCGAUGGCAAUGUGCUUCUGACAGGCAAUCACCGAUUGUUGACGCAUUGCGGCUCUUACGCGUAUGCGGCCCCCGAGGUGCUCAUGGGACAUACCUACGCCGGCGACCGUUCUGAUAUGUGGUCUCUUGGCGUCAUUUUGUAUGCCAUGGUGUGCGGUCAAUUGCCCUUCAACGAUCGCGCGCUAAAACUGAUCAUGGCCGGAGUCCACCACAGGCUUCAAAUUGCCUCCACGGUAUCUCAAGACUUGCGUGACUUUCUCGAAAAGAUCUUGGUCGCAGACCCGCGGUGGCGUGCCACACCCACGGACCUGCUACAACACCCGUGGUUGCAAGCACAUGUC